AUGUCAGACGGCAGUAGUGGCGAUGAUCGGCGCCCUCCGCAUGGCGAGCAGGAGCUUGCGAGCAAAAUGCUGCAAGUACAGAGCAAAAGAUUCUAUGUGGAUGUGAAGCAGAAUAACCGAGGUCGUUUCAUCAAACUUGCGGAGGUUGGCUUGGGAGGACGCAAAAGCCGGCUGAUACUAUCAAUGAGCGCUGCAGUCGCGUUUCGUGAUCAUCUGGAUCGAUUUGUCAAGUUUUUCGAUGGGCUUGCCUCCGGCGAGGAGCCGAUCAUUAGUGAGAAUGGUCAGUUGAGAUCCGAAAUCAUUGUUCACGAGUCACGCCGAUAUUACCUUGACUUGAAAGAGAAUCAGAGAGGUCGCUAUUUGCGAGUGUCACAAACAGUUUCGCGGGGUAUGCCAGGUCUUCGUUCUCAGAAUGACGCGAACGUGGAGUUGCCGGAGCCAAAACACGUGCGUUCAGAGAACAACAAAAUAUUUUAUUUCGAUGUUGGGCAUAAUGAACGCGGCACUUUCCUGCGCAUAUCCGAGGUGAAGCAGAUUUCCGGCAAUCGUUCAUCGAUAGCGGUGCCGAUGAGCUCAUGGGGAGCGUUCCGAGAUGUGCUGGCAGAGUUACAAGAGAAGAUGAGUGCUGCUGGGAAGAGCGCCGAGACGGAUGUUGAUGAAGUAGGAGCGAAGAAGCCCAGUGUCGAGAGCGAGCAGAAUAAAGACUAG